ACAAAAAAACACCCAUUCCUCCUCUCAUCUCCACAAUUUAAACAACAACAAAAAAAACUCUCAUUUUCACAAAUUACCCAAUUAAUAAGCAAAUCUCCAACCGUAUAUCCCCCAAAUUACAGCCAAAUGGUUGGCAACGAGCGAGAGCUCUUUUUUAUUUUCUUGUGAGGCCUCGAGGAGCUCAUAAGAAGAGGAAAACCGCCUCUCUGGACUCGUUCGUUUCGUUUCGAGCUCUCUCUGCUGUCCUUUUUUGAGAACAGAGCAAGCUCCCCCCACCGCUUCCCCUCUUCCCUCUUAACUACUCUCUCUCUCUCUCUCUAUCAUCAAUGGCUGUUCAAGCCCAAUACCCGUCUCAUAUCCUCCUCUUUAAUAAUAAUAACAAUAGAAGCAUUGAGCAAGAGAGGAAGGAGAUGGAGUGCGCCCAGCAGCCACCUGGGUUCUUCUUCAGCGGCGUUAAUGGGAAUCCGAGGAAAAGAGGGAGAGAGUUUCAAAUGAUGCCGACCCCGUCGAUUCAAUCUCCGGCUUUUAUGAAUCUCGUUCAGUUGCAAGCACAAGCUCCUCCUCCUCCUCCUCCUUCGUUAGUCUCGACUGGGCUCAAGCUGGCGUUUGAGGACGGCGAUCAAUUCGUCGAGCAGGAUCUCCUCUCUCUGGUCAACAACCAGAAGGAAGAAAUCGAGCGGUAUCUCGUCGCCCAGGUGCCCGAACUUACCGUUAUGCCCUCGCCUCCUUCGUCCCCCCCUCGUUCUCUCGGUUUAUUUUUUUGUUUUGUUUUUUUUUAAAUGGAGGUGUGGGGUGGGGAACCCAUUUUUGUCUCGCGCAGGCGGAGCAGCUUGAGGCGCCACGUUAGCG